CGUCAAGAUGAAAUUAAAGUUGCUGUUGCUGUUCCUAGGAACAUUGGCGACAAGUUCAAAAUCUGAACCAUUGCGGAUUCAACAACAAAAUUAUAAUUCACAAAAUUUUCCACAAGAUGGAUCUGCUAAUAAUUUUGGUAAUUACUACCCAAAUUCAGAAGGAAUUUCCUCAACAUUCCAACAUCAAGAGAUAACCCCUACGAACGAUCAUGGACCAUUCAAUUCUAAUCAUGGAUCCCGAAAUUCCAUUCCAAAUUAUCGAUCUAAUCAAGGACCAACAUUGGAACCAAGUAAUUCAGGUUACGGCUCCCGAGGUUCUGACCCAAGCUUGGGACCAGUAGCUCAACCAGGAUAUCAUAAUUAUGGCUCUCAAGGUUCUGUUUCGGGGAAUCGAUAUAAUCAAGGACCAAUCAACGGACAGAUUCCUAAUUUGGGCUCUAUAGAUAAUGCUCCCACCUCUGGAGCUAAUUAUCCUGCAGAAUCAAUACCUGAACCUAGAUAUCCUCAGGAUGGCUCCCAAGCCGCUUCUGGUUUCGGAUUGAAUCAGGGAUUACCAACUCGCCCUGAGAAAUCUAAUUAUGGCUCUCAAGGUUCCAUUCCGGGCUAUCGAUACAACCAAGGACCGAUAAACGGACAGAAUCCUCAUUCCGGCUUUCAAGAUUAUACUCCCACCUCUGAAUCUAAUUUCCCCGGAGAAUCGAGCCGUGGGCUUCGACAUCCUCAGGAUGGCUCUCAAGCUGCUUCUGGUUUCGGAUUGAAUCAGGGAUUACCAGGUAGCCCUGAGAAAUCUAAUUAUGGCUCUCAAGGUUCCAUUCCGGGCUAUCGAUACAACCAAGGACCGAUAAACGGACAGAAUCCUCAUUCCGGCUUUCAAGAUAAUGCUCCCACCUCUAGAGCUAAUUAUCCUGAGGAAUCAACACCUGAACCUAGAUAUCCUCAGGAUGGCUCUCAAGCUGCUCCUGGUUUCGGAUUGAAUCACGGACUACCAGGUAGCCCUGAGAAAUCUAAUUAUGGCUCUCGAGGGUCUUCUCCGGGGUUUAGUUCUAAUCAGGAACCGAUAAGCGGACAGAAUUCUCAUCAUGGCUCUCAAGAUAAUGUUCCUACUUUUGGACCAAAUUAUCCCACCGGUCCUACUAGAUCCAGAAAUCCGCCUAACAACUUUCAAGCUCCAUCUCCUGGUUCUGGAUUCAAUGGGGGACAACUGACUGAACCAGAGAAUUCAGGCUACGGCUCUCAAAGUUCUUUUCCUGCUUCAAAACCUAGUUAUGAUUCUGAACCAACACUCCAACCCGGAAAUUCUAAUGAUGGUUUCGGUUCAAAUCAGGGACCAGUUGCUCGUCCUCCAAAUCCUUAUGAUGGCUCUCAAGGUAGUUCCUCUAAUUCAAGACCUACUUCGUGGAGAGGAUCAAAUACAUGGGGCAGUGGUCGUCAUGGCUCCAGAAGUUCUCUUCCUAACACUAGAUAUGGAUGGUAUUCAUCGACAAACCCCUGGACCACAUCUGACGGCGUUGACUUCUCUUCGGCACAUUUCGGCUCUGAUGUGAGUUCUACCCAAAAUUUUCCGAUAUUUUGGGAAGUUGAAACAUUAGAAGACUAUGACCCGAAUGCGGUAGAAAAAAAUGCAGAAUUAUUCGAUCGUUAUCGUGGUAGAAAUCGUUGGAAAUUACGACCACUUGAAACCGGUUUUGAUUCUAAUGAUGACUUUCGCCCACAAAACGUUCAUCUGGUGUUCGCAGGAGCUGCUGUAGAUAACAGUAAAUCAAUAUUACAUCCCACAGUAAAUGGCGAAAAUGCGGUCAUGUACUCAUUUUAUGAGUUGGCUCGUCCGACAAUUGAUGAUACAGUACUAACUUACAAUUCCAAUACUCGGGAUGCUCCAAUAUAUAUUAAACCGGACCCACGUAAGAGAGUGACUAGUUAUAUUCACAAUGGAAAACUGAUAAUAAGAUUUUCCGUCCGUCGUGUUUAUUCUUAAAAUCAUGGUCUUCAAUACUUUUUCGGUCGAAGACAUCUAUUUCAUUCUUUCUCAAUAAUGUUAUGUAUUAAAUUAAAAUUGUAACUGACCUGAAA